AUGGGUCAAGUUACCCACUGGUACUACUUCGCCAUCUUAGCCAGAAGACUGACAACCUACCUUACCACAAAUGGGUACAUUGAUACGACAGCCCAGAAGGGUGGAGUGCCAGGCUUCUCAGGGUGUGUGGAGCAUACCAGUGCAAUCAGCCAGCUCAUUAGAGAAGCAAAGGUGAACAAAUCAGACUUGACUGUAGUAUGGCUAGACCUUGCAAACGCCUACGGAUCUAUUCCACAUAAGCUCAUCGAAUCAGCCCUCCAGUACUACCAUAUCCCUGAACACAUUCAAGGGAUGAUCAAUGCGUACUUCAGUGGAAUGAAACUGCGCUUCAUGGUUGGCGAGAAGAUGACAGCUUGGCAGAGACUGGAGAAGGGAAUAGUGACCGGGUGUACCAUCUCAGUUGUCCUGUUUGUGAUGGGCAUGAACCUCAUAAUCAACCCUGCAAACAAAGAAACCCGCGGGCCUAAGAAAUCUACAGGGUUACACCUGCCAACAAACAGAGGCUUCAUGGACGAUCUAACAGUGACAACACAGACACACAUACAAGCAAGAUGGGUACUGAAAGUAUUGGAGGAGGCAGCAACCUGGGCUAGAAUGAAUUUCAAACCCAAGAAGUCCAGAAGUCUGGUCAUCAAGCGCGGAUCAGUCACAAAACGGUUCACCCUACAAGUCCAAAGGGAAAACAUACCAUCAAUUAUGGACAGUCCCAUAAAAUGCCUGGGCAAGUGGUUUGAUUCGAGCCUUAGUGACAAAGCAAACGUAGAGCGCAUCAGAUCACAGCUCCAGGAAGGGCUGAAACAAAUUGACAAAUCCGCUUUACCAGGAAAGUUCAAGGCAUGGCUCUUCCAGAAUGCACUUCUCCCCAGACUGAUGUGGCCCCUUAUGCUAUAUGAAAUACCGACAUCCUCUGUCGAAUGCUUGGAGAGAAAGAUCAGCAAACACCUGCGCCGAUGGCUGGGAAUACCACCAAGCUUUACCAGCAUCGGAUUGUAUGGGCGAUCGAACCAGCUACAACUCCCGCUAUCAUCACUAGUGGAGGAGUUCAAAGUUGCAAAGACACGACUGGUAGUGACGCUCAAGCAAUCGCAGGACAGUUCAAUCCGAAAUGCUGGGAUUGAAACUAGGACAGGGAGAAAGUGGUCAGCAAGCCAAGCAGUCGAACAGGCCGAGAAAAGACUCCAGCAAAAAGACAUUGUCGGCAUCACAGCUGUAGGCAGACAGGGGCUAGGCAGCUCCAAGAUAACAUUAUGGAGCUCUGCUGGAAACAUGGAAAGGAGGAGAAUGGUGCAAGAUGAAGUCAGAGCAGCAGAAGAAGAAGACAGAAGAGCGAAAGCUGUGGCUAUGGGUGCCCAAGGUGCGUGGACGAAGUGGACAACGACAGAAAGAAAACUGACCUGGGCUGAUAUUUGGAGCUACGAACCACUGAGGAUAGCGUUCCUGCUCAGAUCAGUCUAUGACCUGCUACCGUCACCCUCAAACCUGCACAGUUGGGGUCUACAGGACCACCCCAAGUGCCAAUUGUGUGACAAGACAGGAACCAUGGAACAUAUUCUGUCAUCGUGUACCACAGCCCUCACCCAAGGACGCUACAGGUGGAGACACGACAGUGUUCUUCAGGAACUUGCUGACAAGUUGGAGCACGAGAGGACCAAGAAGAGGCCCAGACAGAAACCCCAAAUGAUUCAGUUCGUGAAGGAAGGACAAAAGGCGCCUAAAAACUGCAGCCUACCAGUUCUGUAUUAG